AUGUCAAAUUACUUUAUCCUCGGGGAAGGCAGAUACCAAUUACUACUUUCGUUGGGUAAGGCUUACCUACUAGAUACCUUGGCUGUUGCCCAUCGUCAUACGCUAUACGCAAUAGAUCGCACUGGCGCGCGCAGCGCCAACAUCCUGGGUCAUAUGUUUGCUGGUGUUGCAGAUAAUGUAUUGCUUGGGCCCCUUGGUACUACAGUAGGUGCCGCUGGCGCUCCGUCCCGUCCAGUUUUUAUGCAGAAAGACAUUGGGUGA